AUGCCUCCCCGGAUACCAACCCCAAGGAGAGCGGCCUCUGCAAUAAUAAAAUCGACUUCAUCUGGUGCGGGCACUACACGAUGUCUUGCUCAACCAUGCCAGCAGGUAACAGCUAGCUUCUCGACCACCGCCAGUCGACCCAAGUUCAGCAAGGCACGGCGCAUGUUCAGGGCCUGGAUCAAUUCCCACGGAUCCGUCUUUCGCAAGCAUGUCCCAGGCCAGACCAACUACCUGCAGCCAAUGAAGGCCAACCACAGAAAUGUCGACCAACCUUUCCCCCUGAAUCCGCUCUACAAGAGUCAGCCCGUGUUGGACGAGAAGGCGCGGGAGUUGAUAUGGGAGAAGGUAAUGCGGAACGGCGAGACCGUCAAGGCCGUCUCUGCCGAGCUCGGUGUCGAUAUCCAAAGAGUCGCAGCUAUUGUGCGGUUAAAAGAGGUCGAGAAAGACUGGACAGCCAAGGGCAAACAGUUGGCACGACCGUACGCUCGCGCAGUCCUGUCGAUGCUUCCCACCACAUCCUUCAGGGCUAACCAGCAAAACGAGCCUUUUGAGGCUAUCAACGAGAUGCAUGUACACCCACACACGAUGCAACAACUCUUCUGGCCGACAUCUGAGUCGCGUCACUUCACACGAGCCGAUGCCGCCAAGGCUUUCCACCCCAAGUUGCUUUCGGCAGAUGAGCGAGUCCCCCACCCUGAAUUGAUCCAGAUGGAGAAAGAGGUCUUGCAGGGCAGACCUCUGUGGGAUGCUUCAGAACGCUUCAAGCAAGCGGCGAUGGAGUCGGAGAGAAAAGCGGCCGCGAAGCAACAAGCGAAGGCCGCCCUGAACGAGAAAUACACCUCCCGCGUCAACACCGGUCGUUUCGAGUUCAGAUUCAAGCAGUUCAACUCGGAGAACGUCGGUCCAAAAGGCAGGUCUCGCACCGCGGUUGGGUGGAGAUACGGAGCGCCAUACUACGAUCGUUCGAAGGGACACCAGAUCAAGAUUCCCAUGUCGGUGCCAUGA